GCUGCGCCGGGAGCAGCGGCGGGGCUCGGGCACGGCGGGCAGGACCGGGAGCGGCUCCCGGGGCAGGACCAUCCCCGGGAUCGGCUCUCCAGGGGCAGGACCAUCCCCGGGAUCGGCUCUCCAGGGGCAGGACCAUCCCCGGGAUCGGCUCUCCAGGGGCAGGACCAUCCUCGGGAUCGGCUCUCCAGGGACAGGACCAUCCCCGGGAUCGGCUCUCCAGGGGCAGGACCAUCCUCGGGAUCGGCUCUCCAGGGACAGGACCGGGAGUGGCUCCCGGGAUCGGCUCUCCCGGCUGUUGUUCCAUCCCGGAUCGGUUCAAUCCCGGAUCGGUUUAAUCCCGGAUCGGUUCCAUCCCGGAUCGGUUCCAUCCCGGCCGUGCCCGGGCUCCGGGCGCGGCCCCGCGGAGGAGGCACCGCGCCCCCAGCCCACACCUGUGGCCAGGAAUGAAGAUUCUGCAAGAUGUUCAACUCCAGCACCAACUCCUCGGGAAACACCUGCAGCCACAGCACGGUGGUGACCACGACCAUCAUCCCCCUGCUCUACUGCCUCAUCUUCCUCGCAGGGCUCGCGCUCAACGCCGGGGCAGCCUGGGUCUUCCUCUACGUUUCCAGCACAAAGAGUUUUAUUGUCUAUCUCAAGAACAUCGCUGUGGCCGAUCUCCUCAUGAGCCUGACGUUUCCUUUCAAGAUCCUUGCUGAUUCAGAGAUUGCACCUGCAGAGCUCAGCCUGUUUGUGUGCAGGUACUCUGCAGUGGUGUUCUACAUGAACAUGUACAUCGGGAUCACCUUCUUUGGCCUCAUAGGGUUUGACAGGUACUACAAAAUCGUGAAGCCUUUGUUCACCUCCUUUGUUCACACAGUUAACUACAGCAAGGUGGUCUCCGUAAUCAUAUGGCUGUUAUUAAUGAUUAUGUCAUUUCCAAAUAUGAUUUUAACUAAUGAAAUCACUAAAGACAAUUACUCCAGAAAAUGUAUAGGGCUUAAAAGUGAGCUAGGCAGACAGUGGCACAAAGCAACAACUUAUAUUUGCACAGGGAUUUUCUGGAUUGUUUUUUUUCUGCUAAUCAUAUUUUACACUUCUAUAUCCAAAAAAAUAUACAGCUCUUACAAAAAGUUCCGGAGGAGCUCAGACAUGGCCAAGAGAAAAACCAGCCGGAACAUAUUCACCAUCAUGUUUGUGUUUGUCAUUUGCUUUGUGCCCUACCACCUCUGCAGGACCCCGUACACCUUGAGCCAGACCAGCUCCCAGUUCACCUGCCAGUCCCAAAAAUCCCUGUACUACGCCAAGGAGUUCACUCUGGUGCUUUCUGCUGCAAACGUCUGCCUCGACCCCAUUAUUUAUUUUUUCCUCUGCCUCCCCUUUAGAGAAAAGCUGUAUCAAAAACUGCAUCUCAAGCUGAAAGCUUCAAAUGAGGUUGAAAUUUCUAAAUCCAGAAGAUCAAAUACGCUUCGGGAAAGCAUAAACAUAGUGUAGAUUUGUGUCUCUGCAAUAAUGCACAUUUCAGGAAGCUAUUCAUGAACACAAACGUCCCAAAGAAACAGAGCACACAACAACCAGCAGCAAACAGGAGAGGGUUCAGAUAACAGCAGGCGCUGCUCCUCUGUCUGACACUGCCUGUGCCAACCUUCACCCCGCGCUUCUCAGCUGCUGCCCUGGUUGCACUGGGGUGUGACACGACCCCUCUGGAUCCCAGAAACAGGGAGAGGAUACCUGGAACGUGCUGGAGCUGCAGGCCGUGGCUCUCUGAAAGAACCGUCCAGCAGACCCAAAGCCAGCCCAGUCUGCCCCUCUGGGCUCCCAUGAACAGAAAUAUGUCCACACCAGACUGCAGCACCUCCCUCGGUGCUGGUGCAGACGGAGGCAGGAACAUCACGGAGCCAUCUGGGAACACACAAGAACAGCUGUCUAAAAACUCUGGUACAUUUAAAUCCAGAGAGAAUAUAAAAAAUGGUUUGCUGGUUUUCCUGUAAUUUUUACACAGCAGUAAAGCAUUUCUGUCUGGACCAAGGUAACAGCUGAAAGCCACCAACUUGCUCUAUACAAAUAUAAUCUGGUUUGUAACUUUAUUUUUCAUAGCAGCUCUUUUAAAAUUUUAUUUUAUUAUUGUAAAGGGAAAACAUACCAAGGCCUAAAAUAUCCACUAAAGCUUUCAGACAGUGGCUCUGAAGCUGAAUGUCUUCAUUCUACUUAACAAAGAAACUAUAGGAAUAGAAAUAACAAGUCCUUCCCCUUUCUACCACUGCAUUUUAUUUUAGUCCAAACAGAUCUAAGGGUGAAAAAUUUUUAAACAUUUGGUCCUCGGAUACUCCAAGCUAGCUCCUCACACACUCAGGAAACUCACAUUCCAAUAUCUGCUCUCUUCCCAUAGCACUUCUGCAGGAAGGGCAGACCAUUAUGCAGUAAAAGUUUAUUGAACCAUCACUUGGUCCUUUUAGACCUGGAAAAGUUCCCUGAGCUUUUUUUUUUUCUGCAGCAAAGGGGGAACUGACUGACAGUGACACACAGACAGAAACAACUGCCACUGCUGCAGUGUGGGUGUAAAAAACCCUGCAAGUGUAGGAAGAUGAGCUUUGCAGGAGGAGAACACUAUAAAAUGAGUCGAUGUUUGCUCACAGCUGGACACUGGAUCAUUCCAGAUUAUGAAGCUUUGCAAACAUUUUGACAAAUAUGGUCUGAACUUUCAGUUUAUGUCUAAACCUAAAACCAGACAUUCUUCAUCUGUUCCUCCACAAAGCUCUGGUGCAGGGUUUGUAAAUUCCUGUGGAUUCUCAGCUCCAACCAAGGGCCACCAGCUGGAGUUUCAGUAUUGCUCUCAGUACCUCACCCCCAGCAUGGUGUCAGAUCUUUUCUCAUGGUUUCCUAAGCCAACCAAAGAAAAAAUAAAGA